AUGGGCUACGGGAGUGAAUUUGAUGGGGGAACGGGAGGGAAAAACUUUCCAGCUUAUAGCGCAGUGGUCGGGGGUGUGGUAGCCCUCCCGUGCAACGUGACUCCCCCCUCAUAUGAUGAUGGGGUGUCUCUGGUGCUGUGGUAUAGGGACGACACGGCUAAUCCCAUUUACUCGGUCGACGCCCGGACCACGCAUUUAGAUAACGCCAAACACUUCUCGGCCACAGAAAUACUGGGCACGAGAGGGGUGUUUAAUAUUACAUAUCCGAUGGCAUACAUGAGGAUCAAUCCCGUGAAAGCCAACGAUGGGGGCGAAUACCGGUGUCGAGUAGACUUCCGUCGCGCCCGCACUGUCAAUAGGAUCCUUAAGCUCAAUGUUAUAGUGCCUGUCUCAAAAGUGGUGGUCUUUGAUGACUUGGGGAACCGGAUCAGUGACAUCGCCGGUCCCUUCAACGAAGACUCAUCAGUCAACUUGACCUGUGAUUCCGAAGGAGGAAACCCGCCCCCAGUGGUGAAGUGGUGGAGGGGCUCGUCCAUCGCCGAUGAGAGCUAUUUCACGACACCUAAAGGACUCAUAAGAAAUGUGAUACAACUGCCAAAGCUGUCGAGGGACGACUUGAUGACGGUAUUGACCUGUCAGGCGUCCAACACUAACCUAACAGUGCCUGCGUCCCAGACCAUUGCCAUUGAUCUCAAUCUGAAGCCAAAAGAAGUGCGAAUCAUAACACCGGCGCAUAACAUGUCGGCCGGGGAUCGCGUGGAACUGGUCUGUCAGUCGAGCGGUUCGCGACCGCCGGCGAAGAUUCAGUGGUCCAAAGGGUCGACACAAAUGGAGAGCAGCGGCGAGAGUACGUCCGACGACGGCUCCGUUACCACCAAUUUUCUGGCGUUCGUGCCUUCGGUCGAAGACAAUGGGAAGCGACUCUCCUGUUCCGCCACUAAUCCACAGUUUCCUGACUUCCAACUCCAAGACAAUUGGACAUUAAAUGCGAACCCUCCGGUCACUGAAAUCGGUUGGCUAUACAACGAACAGCCGAUGAGCUCCGAAAUGAGGGCCGGAAUUCAGGUGCGAAAUAAUUCGCUAUUCAUCCGCAAUAUCGGUGCCAAAUCUCACAGAGGAAAGUACCAGUGCUUCGCUGUGAACAGCCAGGGAAAGGGCGAAAGUGAAGUCGUCAACCUCAAAGUCCAGUAUCCGCCGAUUUGCAAAUCCGUUCAGAGAGUGCACUACGGAGUGGCCAAACACGAGGAGGCGAGGAUCGAGUGCGAGGUGGACGCAGACCCCCACGAACUCGUCUUUCACUGGGCCUUCAAUAACAGCGCCGACGAGAAUCUCGAUGUCAUCUCAUUCGUGAGUGAAGGCAAGAAGAGUUACGCCACUUAUACCCCAAGAGUGGACUUGGAUUACGGGCGGCUGUACUGUUGGGCGCAGAAUAGCGCCGGUAGGCAACGAGAGCCCUGUGUCUUCUUUGUCAUCGAAGCCGGACCGCCCGAUCCGCCCGACAACUGUUCGGUGACUAACAUAACGAUCCACUCCCUGACCAUUGAAUGCCUUCCCGGCUAUUCGGGUGGUUUGGAUCAGAUCUUCUAUUUGGAAGUGUUUAGCGCUAAUCCGAACCGUAUUUAUGCGAACAUGAGUUCACCAGAGUAUCCCUUCUUCAUCGCCCAUGGAUUGCCCACUGGAAGUGCUUUCCGAUUGGUUUUGUAUGCGACUAAUACUAAGGGCAAGAGUAGGAGUAUCGCGAUGUCUGGCAGUACUCUACUCGCAGCUCAAUGGCAAUCAGCUGAGGACAAUUUGACGCAAAAUGCGGAAAAAAUUGCCAUUAAUUCAAUCAAUCGCUCCAAUCAUAUUAAGGGCUCAAAAGCGGCGAACCGUAAACUCUAUACUAUGGACGACAACUGUCCCGAUAUUAUACUCUCCGAUAUGAUUAUCAACACAAAAGAGAACAACACCAUUGAUGGCAAUCACAUAAAGACUACAUGUUUUAUAAGCGACAAAACCUCUUCACUUAUCGUCCCUCCGCCCGACUCUUUCCACGACAAAUAUGACCCAAAUCUGUACAACAAUGGAGUCAUCGACACCACACUGACCACAACCACCACACAAGACAUGUCAUCUCCCAGUCCCUCGACCUCCACGCUCACCAACAGCACCGACCCGUUACGCCUACUCUGUAACAUCAAGCACAAUCACACCAUCAAUACGAAUAAUCGCAUGACUUAUACGGAAAUAAUACUUCCAAACGACGAUCACAUGGAUUGGGAGAAGAAGAUGAUUGGCAUGAAUAACAUCAAUGAGAUUCACGUCGACUACAGGCGUCAGUCGCAGUCACCGCACGUCUUGAUCAGCGCUAAAGUCGACCGAAAUAUGGGAUCCAUAUCCAGACGAUCCGACCAGACCUCCGAUGAGGACACCAUUAGUGUCGUUACCUCUAAUACACCGCCAAUUAUGGCCAUGAAUGCCAAGAAUGAUAGCACAACAGUUCAGUCUAUUUCUUAUGAUAACUAUUAUGAUUUGUUUGAUUAG